AUGAAUCACAUCAAGGACAUGUACCAGAAAGAAUCCGAGCUACUGCGCCAGCAGGAUUGCAUCUAUGAGACUCUGGCACACAUCGAAAGGGAGGGCGUUCCUGUCGAGAAGCAGCUGAAGAGCUUGAAGAAGGUGAGUGCGAACUUGGCCCAGCUCAAAGUGGUCUGUCAAUCUACUGAGACCGCGAUUCAGCCGCUGGUCCAGAUCCAGAGCGAGAUCUACAAGACCCGGAUCGCGGAGUUCGAGCAGGCGCUUCGGUCAUACCACACUGGACUGAAGAAGGAAGCGUACUACUUCUACAAAUCCGGUGUCGAGUUGGCCUUCCAGCGCAUUCAAGCAGUCACUGAGUACCUGGACCUUAAGACCUCCGAGCUCCAGGAUCUGCAGCUGAUUGCCAAGAACUUCGAGUACCCCGAUGAAGUCAAGGAGCAGGGCUGCGGGGUGAUGGCCGUCCCCCACGACCCUGAUGACGAUUCUGAACGGGCCUCCUCAUAUGCAGAGGUAGAUCUGGCCUCGGAUUAUCCACGAUUAUUAGGAGUGGAUCGGGCGCGUGAGGAAGAACUCUUUAACGUCCUCCAUGCCCAUCUGAAGGGAGGCCUUCCGGAAGGAUGGUCGAUACAGGUGGAGGAGCAGCGAUCAGCGGCCUACUUCUGGAAUGAGGUGAGCGGCCAAAGUUCCUGGACUCAUCCCGACCAUCAGGUUUUUCAGGAGAUAAUGGAGCUGCAUCGCGAAGCGAUGCGGUCUGACCAUCCCGGGCAGCACCUGAGGAAGGGAUGGGAGAGGCUCGAGGCCGACAGCAGCAACCGACAUUGCGCAUGGUCUGGCCCACAUGUCACAGGAGAAGGCUUCAAGUACUGGCAUUGCUCCGCCGACGGGUCCAGCAGCUGGUUGGAUCCCUUUGCGGAGGCAGCAAGGGAACGAAGCGUCAGGUCCUCCUUGAUGUCCAAGCUCCUCGCGCCGUUUGCAGCCAUGUGUGACGGCGAAAAAGCUGAUGCCGAAACCACAGCCCGUACAGAGAGCUGCGGUGCAGUAAGUGAGAGCAGCACACCCAGGGAGAUUCGAAGGCCCUCAUCUUCGACUCCAAGAAGCGCCGUGCCACUGGGGGAGGAGAGCGAAGGCAGGAACGGCCUAGGCCUUCCAGGCACGGCCAUGCCCGGAACCGACCAGGAGGCGGUCCAGGCCAUUCAGGGCAUGUGCCGGAUGCAUCUUCAUCGAGAGGAUCUUCUUCGAAGGUGUCGUGCAGAUGAUGAGGCCUCUGCAGCGAAAAACCUGCAGCAAGUUUGCCACGUCUACCUGUGCCGGCUGGAACUCAAGCAACGCCAGAGAGCAGCCCAGGAGCGCUUCGCGGCUGCGACUCUGCAAGCUGCGUGCCGUCGCAGGAUCUGCCAAGUGCGUCUCCUCACCACUGCCAGAUCGAAGGCUGAGGAACAUGCAGCCUGCUGCUUGCAGCGAGCAGCGAGAGCAUUCCUUUCUGCGGCGACUGCGAUGCAGAGGGAGGAAGUGGCGAGAUCUCGCCACGCAGUUUCUGCAUGCCACAUCCAGAAGUGUUGGAGGGGCCGCAAAGAUCGGCAUUGGUUUGAUGAGAUUGGCAGAGACAUGCUCGCCAGUCUUCGGGUGCAGAGGAGAAAGGAAGCGGCGAGGCUUGCUGCAGAAGCUGCUAUCGCUGAAGAGGCGCGGAGAAUCAAAGCCGCGACAGUCAUUCAAAGGCGAUGGAAAGGGUGCCCAGUGCAGUGUCAAUCAAGCGCCAGCGUUGCUUCUGCGGGCUUGCGCGUUGCUCCCGGCUCCAAGCUACCGGAGGAAAAGGGAGGUAGCUGCAGCCCUGCGCGAAGAGGAAGGAGACAGAACACAGGACCAGAAGCGGACACCGUUCCUCCUCAACGGGAAGGCCGCUCAGCGUCGAAGCGGUUGCCCAAGAAGCCGCAGAGUUCGGACCUGGAGACUCAGCCCGAGGACAAGGUGAAUGAGUUGGGCGAUCUGCGAUUUCCUUCUCCACUAGGCUUUCAUCGACGUGCGCCGUCACAGAAGGACUGGAGCUCUUCCUUGGAUGCAGUGCUGGGCGAGCUACUGACGUCCGCACAGUCUCCGGCGGCCUCACCAAAGAGGCGCCGAGCACCGGCAAGGAGCGACUCGAUUCCGCAGCUGCCGCCGCAUGUCCAGGACUCCGGCUACCUUCCUUCGGGCAUGGCCAUGGAGGAGAAGCUUUGCAGAGGGCGAGCUGCAGUGGACUCCGUAAGCCCACAGAAAGAGAGGCCCCAGGCAGCGGCCUCUCGCCAGCAGAUGGUCUCUGCGAAAGCGCUGCUCAUGGGGCCGCCGGAGGCAGUCUUUUCUGGUCCUUCCGCGCCUUUGCCGGCCGGCCAGUCCAGAUUCUCUUCGAAUCUGAAAGGCCGGAUAGACCUCGCAGCGACGCUGAGACUAGAAGACGUGGACGAUGAAGCUGGAGCCCCCAAGACUCGGGGCGACUCUCCUUGUGGCUGGCAGCCACCUGUCGGCUUACGCAAUGCGCAGGAUGGCAGGUCCAUGCUGCCUGGGCAACCUGCGCAUCAGAGGCAAGGCGGCCUUCCCUUCAGCAGUCACCAACAUCUGGCAUCUACCGUUCGCCUAGAGGACGUGGAGGAUGCUCGUUCAGGGCUUUCCAGCCGGGCUUCUUUGAGGGGCGAUGCAUGGCACGGCGGGGGGGCGGCAGCGAGCUGCCCUCGAAGCCCUGGGAUGCAGCAGAGCACUUCGUCGCCUUUGUUGCAUGCCGGCGGCACUGCCCGCCCCAUGGUCGGCCCCCAUCCGUCAUUGCGGCCCGGGACUAGCUCGGGUGCAUCCUUGCGGCUCGCUGGUAACCAGCUGGCCGGCGGGCGUGCCCACGGCGCACAGCUAUGUGUUCCUGAUUUUGGAAGGCCGGCUCUGUUUUGA